CGCGUCCCAGCCGUCGGAUCUCGCUUGUCAGCGUUGCAGCAUCAUUUGCUUUUGGCGCAAGAAAGAGAGCGUACCGCCGACCGUCCUCCGCUAUUUCUAGCCGCCUCUCUCUCGCCGUCAUCUCCUCGCUCUUCUUCUCGUUCUCGGAAUCGAGGGUUCGAAGCUCCGCCCCGACCUCAGAGAAUCGAGAGAGAGAUAGAGCCCUUCUUCGCAGAGAUGAAGUAUUUAACAAUCGCUAACGGCCCAAGGGUCACCUUGCUCACUGUCAUCUCUGGCACGAUCUUUACUUGGAUAUACCCUUUUGGGAAGUUGUAAAUUACUGCAAAUAAGCAGGUUUCGUGGAAACAAGUCUGUUGCAAAAGAUUAAUCAGUGGUUACUGUUCACUUUUGUAAAAAAUGGAAGGGACGAACGAAAAGGUGUUGGGUAAAAGUGGAAGAAUUUUAGGCAAUAUAAAAAGGAAGCGAGAUUCUGCUGCAUAUUUAACUGAUGCUGGCCAUGUUUUGGCGCAUCAGCCUAUUGCAGAUCAAUCCGCUGUCAGAUGCUAUGAUGCGAUAGAAUGUAAAUUGGGCUCCAGCUGUAAUUCGGAGAUGUGUAUUGUUAAAAACUAUCGCAACUUUAUGAGGAGUGGAUUACCACAGCGAAUGCUGUCUUACCAGGAUGGUGAAUGGAAAGAUUUUCCUGAGAAUAUCAUCAGUCUGGUCUGUGAAGAUUUCCGGUUAAAGAAGGCAAUUACCGAAGCAAUGUUUCAGAACCAGCAAUUGUUGUUAGACUUUGUCCACAUGGUUUGUGUUGACUUGAAAACAGGCCUGCAGAAGCCUAUUGCUUGGAUUGAUGAACAUGGUAAAUGCUUUUUUCCAGAAUGGCAUCCUGAAUUUUAUGCAUUAAAUGGAUGUUAUCAUUCUAGCAAAGGGAAACAUGUUCAUAUGAGUUGUGAGCCAAAUGGAACACGUGAAACUAAUGCGCAUAUUGAGAUUUCUGUGAGUGCUGCUGAAAGCUCCAAUUCAGGACCUGAUGAUGAGGUAGUGUCUAAUGUCAAGAGAGUUAAGAGUGAAAAUAUUUUUGCCAGUAACCAGAAUAUGUAUGCCGAAGUCAAUGAAACAGUCGGAGAAAAUGAGCCGUGUUCUUUUGUCCCUCCGAAGGUCUCUGGUCUUGGAACUUUGCAGGGAAAGUUGAAGAAACCUGUUGAUGCUCCUCGUGUCAAUAAUGCUGUGCAAGAUAUGUUACUCCAGGGUUUGGGUCCCUUUAUUGAUGCAAAGGACAUUCUUGGUAUCUUCAGAACCCCUUUGAAAGAUAAUUUGGGGCAGAUCCGCUUUAAUCUUUUUCAAAAGCAGGUUGAGAUAACUAAGAAUUUCCGCGGCAACGCAAAUGUCCGUUAUGCCUGGCUUUCUUCUUCUAGGGAUGCUGUGGAAGAUAUGAUUUUGCGGGGGAUUAUGAGGAUAAAGAAGCCUGUGCAUGGACCCGUAUAUGGCAUUGGCACUCACCUUGCACCAGCGAAUUGCUCCAAUAUCUGUGCUAGUUAUUCUGAUGUCGACGAAAAUGAUGUUGUCCAUAUGAUGUUAUGCCGUGUAAUAAUGGGAAAUGUGGAAGUCAUCCACCCCGGAUCAAAACAGUAUCAGCCCAGUAAUGAAAAUUUUGAUAGUGGUGUGGACGAUCUUCAAAAGCCAAAGCAUUAUGUUAUAUGGGAUAUGCAUGUGAAUACUCACAUCUAUCCAGAAUAUAUUGUGGCAUUUAAAGUGCCUUCCAGAGCCAGAGAAUGUUUGGUCGGUAAAGAAAGUAUAUCUAAUGCAUCUGCAGUCACAAAUUUGAGUCCACCUGAGAGCUUAUUGCAGGAUAGGAACCCUCAACCACCUCCAGCUUUGGGAAAUCAAUCGCAAGCACCAAUGUUUGGUAGAGCUCCAAGAACUCCCACAUCACCCUGGAUGCCUUUCUCAAUGUUGUUUGCUGCAAUUUCGACUAAAGUGUCUCCGCAAGACAUGGACUCGGUUAAUACUCACUAUGAAGAAUUCAAGAAAAGAAAGAUAAGCAGGAUUGACCUGAUUAAAAAGUUGAGGCAGAUAAUUGGUGACAAACUGUUGAUAUCAACAAUAAUGAGACUUCAGCACAAGCUACCACCAAUGGCGAGACAUGAACCACCAAGAUCCUGGGCAGGGAAGCUGCAAAUGAAGCCUUGACCCGGUAAAGGCGUUGCUCCUUCGAACUCAAAUGAUCAUGGCAUGUAGGAGUCAGGUUUGCAUGUUCUUAUUUCAGUGGUGUCAGAGAACUCAGUAGUCUGUAGGUUGAUGACAGAAAGGAAAGACUAGUUUAUAUAGCAUAUUGUAGAAUGUAUCGGGAACCAUUACAACUGUACUCCUUUCUUUUCUCAUAGUGUCCUUGUUGUUACACUUGUCCAUGUUUUGAUCUUUCCAUGCUAUGCUGAGUGCAAUUGUUGCGAUCA